CAAAUAAAAACCGUCAGCAUUGCCUCAGCAUCAAUGGAUUGCCAGACUUUGAACAGGAACAUGAUUUGAUCAGCAUGAUGGGGGAAAUGAGUGAUAGAUUUUAUUAUGUGUAUAGUUGUGACCUAGAUGUUAACCUUCAGAUUAAAAUAGGGACUCUGGAGGGAGAGAGACAGAGGCCGGACUAUAAGGACCUAUUGGAGGACCCCAUGCUGAAGUUCUCGGGGGCCUACGGAGAGGGAUGUUCCGAUCUGUAUGUCACCUGCCAGGUGUUCGCUGAUGAACACCCCCUGUCUCUGUGUAUGAGUACAUCUUACAAAGCCUUCAGCACUCGAUGGAAUUGGAAUGAGUGGCUAACACUGCCAGUUAAGUACAGUGACCUUCCUAGGAAUGCUGUCCUGUGUCUGACAGUGUGGGACAUAUAUGGAACAAAUAAAUCUAUUCCUGUGGGCAGCACAACAAUUCCUUUGUUUGGAAAAAGGGGAACAUACAGACAAGGUAUGCAUGACUUAAAGGUCUGGCCAAACACCCUCCCUGACCCUAAUGUGAAUUCCACCACCCCAGGGAAAACAAAAGACCACAAGGAUCAGAUGAGCAAAUUAGCUAAGUUAAGCAAAAAGCACAGAGAUGGGCAUAUGCUGAAAGUGGACUGGUUAGAUCGCCUGACAUUCCGCGAGAUUGAAAUGAUCAAUGAAAAACAGAAGCGGGACUCCAAAUUUAUGUAUUUGAUGAUAGAAUUCCCCUUCAUACAUUAUGAUGAAACAGAAUACACUGUUGUCUAUUUUGAAAAGGAUGGGGAUGAACCCUUUGUUUUCAAAACAGUAGCAGACCUAGUUCAAGUUCCAGACCCAGAAAUUGACAUGGAAAAUUUAGUUGAAAGCAAGCAUCACAAAUUAGCCAGAAGUCUAAGAAGUGGACCAACAGACAGAGAUAUGAAACCAGAUGCUAAAACCAGGAACCUGCUUAACGAGAUUGUGCGAUAUCCACCCACAAAGACCCUUACUUCAGAGGAGGAAGAUCUGGUGUGGAAAUUUAGGUUUUAUCUUUGUAACCAGAAAAAGGCUUUGACAAAGUUCCUGAAGUGUGUGAAUUGGAAGCUGCCACAGGAGUCUCGUCAGGGCAUUGAACUGCUGACCCGCUGGAGCCCCAUGGAUGUAGAAGAUGCCCUUGAACUUCUUUCCCCUGCCUUCACUCACCCCUCUGUCAGGAAGUAUGCCGUGUCUCGCCUCAGACAGGCUGAUGACCAGGAUCUGUUGCUGUACUUGCUCCAGCUGGUACAGGCCCUGAAGUACGAGGACUCUGAGGAGAUAAUGAGACAUAACGACAUCGUAUCAGAGAGGAGAGAUUCUACUAAUGACCCUGGUGCUACAGAUAAAACCAGGACUACCAGUGUCCUCUCUCGAGCCUCCUCUAACGAGUCCAUCCUAGACGCCCUGAGUGGAUCCUCUCCUUCUCAGUCCGAGAGUCCCGAGUCUAAACUGGAGAGUGAGAUGGAUUUAGCCAGCUUUUUGAUCUCACGAGCUUGUAACAACUCUUCUCUUGCCAAUUACUUUUACUGGUACUUAUCUGUGGAAUGUGUAGACCCAAAUGGCCUAGAUAUCAAAGAUUCCAAGGUGACAAAAAUGUACCAGCAUGUCUUAAAAAGAUUUUCACAAGCACUCUUCAAGGAGAGUCCCGAGUCCCGACAGCGGAGAUCAAUGAUUGCGCGGCAGCAGACGUUUAUAGACAGACUGGUGGAUCUAGUCAAAACUGUGAUGAGGGAGAGUGGAAACCGCAAGAAAAAAAUAGAGAGGUUACAAGCACUUCUUCACGACCCUGAGGCCUGCAAGUUUGACUUUUCCAAUUUCGAGCCAUUAUCACUUCCUCUGGACCCUGAUGUCAAAGUAUGUGGAAUCGCACCAGAAAAGGCAACUCUUUUUAAGAGCAAUUUGAUGCCGUGUAAAUUUGUCUUCAAAAUAGUGGAUGGUGGAGAAUAUGUGACGAUAUUUAAACACGGAGACGACCUUAGACAGGAUAACCUAAUUCUACAGAUCAUUACACUAAUGAACAGGGUAAUUUGGCACUACAGCUCAAUCGUUGUUGCAAACUUAAUUUGUAUAUGUAUAAAAGAACUGUCAAUUGGUUUUUUCAAACUACUACUGGUCUCUGUGAUUUCAGCUGGCUAUUGUGUCAUUACCUACCUACUGGGAGUUGGAGAUCGGCAUUUCGAUAAUCUGCUGCUAACAAAGACAGGAAAACUUUUCCAUAUUGACUUUGGGUAUAUACUUGGCCGAGAUCCUAAGCUCCUCCCCCCUCUGAUGAAACUGACAACAGAAAUGAUUGACGGCAUGGGCGGUCCCAACUCAGAGCAUUUUCAUGACUUUAAGAAGCUCUGCUACACUGCAUUCCUUGCAAUAAGAAGGUCUUCCAAUUUGAUAUUGAACUUGUUCACACUGAUGAUUAGUUCCAACAUUCCAGAUAUUGCAAUUGAACCAGAUAAAACUGUCAAAAAGGUACAAGACAAGUUUGUGCUCCACCUAACCGACGAAGAGGCCGUUCAGUACAUGCAGAAUGUUAUAGAUGGCAGUGUGUCUGCUAUGAUGCCAGUGCUUGUAGAGAGAUUCCACACCAUAGCCCAGAAAUGGAGGAAAUAGAGAGAUGUUUCAAGUGUCAUCAGAUAAACACUAGUCUGUGAUGAGAAAAGUGCAAUAUUAUUUCUUUUAAUUAAACAUUUAACUGUUCUCAGAGAGAAUUUAAUAAUUCUGAAACUUUAUACCAGUAUCUACAUGUAUACCACAUGUGAACCUCCUGUUAAAUUUUAAAAUUUGAAACAGUUAUAUUUUGAAUAUUUAAUAAAUUUAUGUGAAAAAUCUAA